AUGCCUGGAUGGAACUGCUUGGUGACAGGAGCUGGUGGGUUUCUGGGCCAGAGGAUCGUGCACUUGUUGCUGCAAGAAAAGAAGCUGCAGGAGAUUAGGGCCUUGUUCAGAGUCUUCAGACCAAAAGUCAAGGAGGAAUUAUCUAAGCUUCAGACAAAGCCCAUGUUGACAGUGCUAGAAGGUGACAUUCUAGAUGCCCAGUGCCUAAGGAGAGCCUGCCAGGGCACGUCUGUUGUCAUCCAUGCUGCUGCCACCAUUGAUGUCACAGGUGCCACUCCCAGGCAGACCAUCAUAGAUGUCAAUCUGAAAGGUACUCAGCUCCUGUUGGAUGCCUGUGUGGAAGCCAGUGUGCCUAUCUUCAUCUACACCAGCUCAAUUGCCGCAGCUGGACCGAACUCCUACAGGGAGAUCGUGCAGAGUGGCCGUGAGGAAGAGCAUCACGAAAGUGUGUGGUCUGAGCCGUACCCCUACAGCAAAAGGCUGGCUGAGAAGGCAGUGCUGGCAGCCAGUGGGAGCACUCUGAAAAAUGGUGGCACCUUCUACACUUGUGCCUUAAGAGUCCCAUACAUCUAUGGGGAAGGAAGCCAGAUGCUUUCUGCUGUAGUGACUGAUGCCCUACACAACAAUGGCAUUAUUAAAAAAAUUGGCCCAUCUUCUGUGGUCAAUCCAGCAUACGUAGGCAAUGUGGCCUGGGCGCAUAUUCUGGCCUGCAGAGGCCUGAGGGAUCCUAAGAAGGCACCAAACAUCCAAGGACAGUUCUACUAUAUCUCAGAUGACACACCUCACCAAAGCUAUGAUACCUUAUACUACACCCUGAGUAAGGAAUGGGGCCUCCACUUUGACUCCAGCAGGACACUUCCUCUGACCCUGCUGUACUGGCUUGCUUUCACGCUAGAAACAGUGAGCUUCCUGCUGCGACCAGUUUACAACUAUAGGCCCCCCUUUACCCGUUACUUACUCACAGUGAGUAAUGCCAAAUUCACUGUCUCCUACAAGAAAGCUCAGCGAGAUCUGGGCUAUGAACCCUGCUUCAGCUGGGAGGAAGCCAAGCAGAGAACAGGGGAGUGGAUCAGAUCCCUAGUGGAGCAGCACAAGGGAACGCUGAGGACAAAGACUCCCUGA